GUAGAAAUAGGCGGGGGUUGUGGCUGUGGUAACUAGUCACGACCAGGCACAACUCCAAUAUAAAGUGGGUUUUCUCAAUGUUGCCGGGAUGUCACGUGUCCUACUUAUUUCAGUCUUUAGUCUUCAGUCUUUAGUACAGUCGUAACAACCUAAUCAUUACGAAACUUCUAUUCGAUCAAAUAAGCCACAUGUAGCAAAUAAGCCAUUCCGUGUCGUGUUAACAAAAUUCGACACGUUCAUUGACCUCCAUACAAAAACUCAUCUCUUGGUGAGCUAAAAGAAUUAAACACCGCCACCUGCUGGAAAAGACAGAUUUUGGGCCUAACACAUAGAUUUUGGGGAGUUUUCCCUCUCGCCCCGUGCGUGCCAGAGAGGAAGAGGCAAUCUUUGUGCGUGCUCGAAACAAAACCAGGCGCGCAUAUAUGACGCAAAUACAAGCGACGCUGACGCAUAUUGCAUAGGGGGAAGAGAGGGGCGCAUUCGUUGUCCUGCUAAAGAGAAUCGUAAUUCUUGUUGAAGAAGAGGAUCAUGUCUAUUUGUUUGCUCAUCAGCAAAAAUGGAAGCCAUAAACCGAUUCAUCUACCUCACCUACAGACAGUUGUCUUGGGUCGGGGUCCAGAAACAACGAUAAAAGACAAAAAAUGUUCCAGGGAGCAGGUUGAGCUCAAGGCAGACUGCAACAAACGGUAUAUCAGUGUAAAACAACUGGGUUUCAACCCCACUAGUGUGGACACCGACGUGGUGGGUAAAGGCAACCAAGUGAGGAUGAGAUCUGGCCAGCAGCUGCACAUGGUCAAUGAGCUGUACCCGUAUACCGUGUGCUUCAAAGAGGAUCCGUCCAACUCUCAGUCCAGCACAGAGGACAGCGUGGGCACCAAGAGGCCCCGUGGGCCUGCCUCAGAGGAGCAUGAGCUUCACAGAGGUCCCCCUGGGCAUAAAGUACCAAGGAAAACAGAGGACUCCACUCAGUGCAAACAUGGAGGGUCCAUCUCCACCAACACAUGGCCUGAACCUCACACAACAGAGAAAACUGAAACUUUAGGAUAUUGGAGCCAAGGAUUGAAAGCCUCAAUGCAAGACCCCAAAAUGCAGGUCUACAAGGACGACAGAGUAGUUGUUAUCAUGGACAAGUACCCCAAGGCUCACUAUCACUGGCUGGUCCUGCCCUGGGAGUCCAUCCCCAGUCUGAAGACACUGCGCAGGGAGCACUGUGAUCUGUUGAGGCACAUGAACCAGGUAGCGGACAGGAUUGUACAACAGCAGUGCCCCGAUGCCGGCCUGCUACACUUCCGCCUGGGCUACCACUCCAUCCCCAGUAUGAGCCAUGUCCACCUCCAUGUGAUCAGCCAGGACUUUGACUCCCCGUGUUUAAAGAACAAGAAACACUGGAAUUCAUUCACAACCGACUAUUUCAUAGAAUCUCAAGAAGUCAUUCAGAUGCUGGAAAAGGAUGGGAGGGUCACAGUAAAAGAAGGGACAAAUGAGUUGUUGAAACUACCUCUCCGCUGUCACGUGUGUGGCAUGGCACUGUCCACCAUACCACAACUUAAGGAGCACCUGAAAUCUCACCCCUAUGGUAGAUUGUGACACGUAUACAAAUAUGAUGCUAAUGACGCAAUUGUAGAAAAAAAACAUGUCUAUGGAACCACAUUGUCCAUUUUAUUGCUGCAGAUGCUCAUAAUAUACAUAAGCCAGUUGUCAUUUACUUUAAUAAAUAGUCUGCAGCAAGUAUGUUUUUUGUACAAAUAAGAAUUCAAACAAAUUAUUUUAUUGUUUUCAGUGUAGACAGUUGACUCAAGUGUACAUGUCUGAAUAUAAAGCUUGGGGAAACAAUUGUUUAUAGUUUCGAUAGUUGCAAAAGUUUGCGACAAAUAAAAUCAAAAUUGGCUUCAGAAAGUGGCACAGAAAAUGGAAACCUGUGAUUUCUAUACUGUCUAUAAUCAUCUUAGUGUGAAAAUCCCAUUUGAAAAAACAAUCAACUCAUGAUUUGAUAUGGGAUCCAAUAUUGGUGUUGAUCAUCAGAGGGUCAUAAUGUUGACCAGCUUGGAAUUAAAUCCAUUUGGAGAUGUUGUUCAAUAGAUACACAGAAGUUAAAUCAUUAAAGGACAAAAGGAAGGCGCAACAGCAAGUGUAAAACUAAUUUUAAUUCUGCACAUAUAACAGCACACAUAGGGGUCUGGAGGAGCGCUUUUUCCGCUUUGUGCGUUCGUUCGCUAAGGCCAUACUGCGUAACAAAAAUAAACUCCAGAAACACAUACAUGUAUGCACACAUCAAAGACAUUGGAAGAGGAAUGACCAUGGGGGAUUGAACACUUUUACCAGGCCACUUACAGUAAAUCAAUGAAAAGGGAACAACAAGACAAAUCACCAGAUAGAACUUGCACGAUACAGCACAGCAAUUCUCUGAAUGGGAGACCAAUGUUACAGAAUUAUGGGCCAACAUAAUCAUUGAAUGAGACUGACUGUCAUUUAAUGGUCCGAUCUAAAUUCAAGGGUACAAGAUAGUACAUUUGUGAAUGGCAUCUCAUCAAACUAGUUUGAUCAACUACAACAAGAGGACUGUAAAAUAGUACAAGAUAUAUAAAUUAGCCCGUGGGAUAUGCAGAAAAAGAAUACAGAAACCGUAAGCCGAUUUGAAUAUAUAUUUUUCUUCAACUAUUGUGUUCCUAUACAAUCCAUUGUUCUUGGGCUACGUCUGCGGUGAGAAGUGAGAGAUGUGUAUAAAAUGGACUCAUUUCGCCUUAGCAUGCACUCCAGUGCAGAUGGAUAAAAGCCAGCCAAUCAUCCUUAGCUAAACGGUCUCACAAAUCUAGGACCUGUGUAUCUUAACUUCAGCUGCCUUACGCUGGUUUUCUAUCCAGCUUAUCUUUUUGCUUAUUUCCAAUUACUCACAAAGUGAAUGAAUAGUUAUGUGUGUAAAAUGUGACUAAAACGUAUAAAUCAGUAAAACAUUUGUUUUUAAUGCUUGUAAACCAUAUGCUGCCAAUACAAAACUGACUGUGAAGAG